GCGACGAAGAACCAAUCAAUCAUGCAGGAAAAUGCACCAAUCAACGCUCACCUGAAAUAAUAUUGUUCGUGUGAUCGUUAAACGAACACCCUACACUCUUCAACAACAUUCACCAUCAUCAUUUGUCGAUAUUCUGCCUCUAAACUUGACUACAAGCAACACAAUUAACGCUUCUACACGCCAUUGCUCGAUUCGCUUCUUCAAUCUCUAUACAUACUUCCAUCCAGUAACUGAUCCGGAACCUUCGCGAUCUCUAUCUGAAUCUCCGUCCGUAAUUUGUUCUGUGUUUUAUUUCUUAAAUGGCGGCAAUACUGGCUUCUCACAGCUGCUAUUGCCGUGAUGUACAAUUGGUAAAUCAAGUGAGAACAGCAGACAAUCUCAGCUUCUCAAGAUCCGUUUCUAUCCAGAAGUUAGAUAAGCAUGAAUGUACUUUUCCUAAAACCGAGAGGUUCCAGAGGUUACAUGCCGAGAUGCAGCAGACAGAACCGGUGAAAUUUGGUACCAACGGUCGACCUUCAAAGCUUGAUACAAAUGGUCAAUCUGUGAAGUUGGGUGCCAAUGGAAAACCGGUGAAUUUGGGUACCAACGGUCAACCCGUGAAGUUGGGAAGGCAAGGUAAACCGAUCACCAUGGUUCCCACCAGUGAGGUAGUGAACAGCAAGCCUGUAUCCAAACAAAGAGCUGGAAUGAUGAAUGGAUCAGCACAAAGUGUUAACGGAACCGGUCUUGUUAAGAGAGAAAUCACACCACCAGUAGUCAAAUCGGUCAAAGUUAAAGAACUCAAAGGAUUACCACCUUCUGAAGACUUACGGGUCUUGCCAUCCGAUGAAGGUUUUAGCUGGGCAAAUGAAAAUUACAAUUCAGUUCAAAGGUCAAUAGAUGUGUGGUCUUUCGUUCUUUCUUUGCGUGUUCGUGUUCUGUUUGACAAUGCAAAGUGGGCAUAUCCCGGUGGCUUCACCGAAGAAAAACAGAAAAACAGAAGAAGGAAAACGGCUUCAUGGUUAAGAGAAUGUGUGCUUCAACUUGGCCCGACUUUUAUCAAACUUGGGCAGUUAUCUUCAACGAGAUCAGAUUUAUUCCCACGCGAAUUUGUUGACGAACUCGCCAAAUUACAGGACAGAGUACCAGCCUUUUCACCAGAAAAAGCAAAAGGUUUUAUUGAAAAAGAAUUGGGUGCACCAGUUAAUGUACUCUACAGGGAGUUUGAAGAACGACCAAUUGCAGCUGCUAGUCUCGGUCAGGUGCAUCGUGCAAUACUACAUAAUGGCGAGACAGUAGUUGUUAAAGUUCAAAGACCUGGUUUGAAGAAACUUUUCGACAUUGAUUUACGAAAUUUAAAGCUAGUUGCAGAGUAUUUUCAAAGAAGUGAAAGUCUUGGUGGGCCCACAAGGGACUGGAUCGGUAUAUACGAUGAAUGUGCAAAGAUCUUGUACCAGGAGAUUGAUUAUAUAAAUGAAGGAAAAAAUGCGGAUAGAUUUCGCCGAGAUUUUCGUAAUGUUAAGUGGGUCCGAGUGCCUCAAGUAUUCUGGGAUUAUACCGCAAUGAAGGUGCUGACACUGGAGUACGUUCCAGGCGUUAAGAUAAAUAAUGUAGAUGCGAUAAAAGAAAGGAGUUACAGUCGAUCACGAAUCUCUUCACGCGCCAUUGAAUCAUACUUGAUUCAGAUACUGAAAACCGGUUUCUUCCAUGCUGAUCCUCAUCCUGGAAAUCUUGCUAUUGAUGUGGAUGAAUCACUAAUCUACUAUGAUUUUGGUAUGAUGGGGGAGAUUAAAUCAUUCACAAGAGAAAGAUUGAUGGAUCUCUUCUAUGCAGUUUAUGAAAAUGAUGCAAAAAAGGUUAUGAACAGUUUGAUAAGCCUUGAAGCGCUUCAACCUACUGGAGACUUGUCACCAGUAAGGAGAUCUAUUCAGUACUUUUUGGAUAAUUUGCUAAACCAGUCACCGGAUCAGGAGCAAACUUUGGCUGCAAUAGGAGAGGAUUUAUUCUCUAUAGCAACCGAUCAGCCUUUCCGGUUCCCGUCCACCUUCACAUUUGUAAUUAGGGCGUUUUCGACUCUUGAAGGAAUUGGCUACUCACUGGAUCCAGAUUUUUCAUUUGUCAAAAUUGCUGCACCUUAUGCACAGGAGCUGUUAGAUCUUAAACAACAACGACCCAGCGGAACACAACUUGUUGCUGAAAUACGAAAACAAGCAGAUGAUGCAAGAUCAACCACCAUUUCAAUGCCUUACCGAGUUCAAAAAAUUGAAGAGUUUGUUAAACAGCUAGAAGUAGGAGACAUUAAACUUCGUGUCCGGGUUCUCGAGUCUGAGAGAGCAGCUCGGAAGGCAACAAUAUUGCAAAUGGCAACCAUGUACACAGUUGUAGGGGGCACUCUCGUAAAUAUUGGUGUCACGUUUAGCUCACAAGGCAGUCAGCUUAUAGCGAAUGGGUCAUUUGUUGGUGCAGGUAUAUUCAUAGCACUGCUGGUUAGGUCCAUGCAAAGGGUGAAGAAGCUUGAUAAAUUUGAAAAGAUGAUAUGAUUUUAGAAACAUUUUUUAUUUAUUUGUAACAUAUAUGUAUUGUUUUGUAUACACAAAAAUGUAUAGAAAAGAAAUUAAACCUCAAAUGCAAUAUAUAUCAUAGCUCUUGGACAAACAAAAAAAAUCAUGAACAAAGGAGACUUUGGCUUGAAA